CGCGACCACGAUAUCAAAUCCAGCACCCAUCGACUUUGAAUUACAGAUCAACGCGUCUCCUCCGCUGCGCGAUGAGGAGCUCUCCCUACUAUCAGCUUUACGGUCGCUAAUUGUAUGCUGUUCUGGCCUGGCGCGUCGACCUCGCGCGUGCCGUGUCCAUCCCACUUGCGACAAGAGACUCUUCUUUCACGGACCACACCACCAAUUGGGUCGGCAAUCUGUUCUAUCCUUGGGUGACUGGGUUUGUUUCUCGACUUUUUGUUCUUCGAUCGAAGAACAAAGCACCUGAAGUGGUGGCGGCUGCCUUGUCUGGCUUUGCGCUUCUUUCACGUCUUGUCCGCCAUUGACAUCGGUGUUACUCUUUACGCAUAACUAUUCGAAUAUCCUUCGACGCAUCCCACUUUUAUUCUCUAAACUUCGACACUUGAUUCACACACCACUAUUCACUCGAAAACUGCUUCUACUACAUUGACCAUUUCACGGUAGGUGACUUGCUGACAGUCUACCGCUUGCACUAACGCCGAUGCAGAUACAUCAACAUAAAUGCCACCCAAAAGAGCUGCCACCCCAAAGCGGGCAAAAAGCUCGCCGCGGGCCGGCUCUGUAAAGCCUAGCCCAAACCUGGGAGUUGGUGCGCUCCCACAUAUCCCCACCAAGCACUCAUUCGCCUAUGGCUCCUCCGCGACGCCCAUUCUCCCUCACAUGCUGGCGCCGAAGCCGCUGAUGAGCCUGGAUGAAAUGGCCAACAACAUCGAAGAUGCCGUGCAAACGGCCAAGGAGCGAGAGAUUAACGAAAUGAAUGACAACAUGAGUGUCAGCACACGCUCGCGCUCGCGCUCGCGUCUGCGCAACUCAUCGGAAUUUUCUACGCCGCCGCGAAGACUUCGACGGGAGCCGACGCCUGACGAGACACAGCUGCAUCAGUCUCUCGAGCAGGCUUCUAGCAUCUCGAGCCGGAUGUCGUCGCUUACCCCUGUUCCUCCGUCACGCCACAGCUUCUCUUCGGUUUCGAGUGUAGAGGUGCCUCGAGGGCCCACCGCGAACGAACUCUAUCCUGAGGCAAUGCACCGACAGCAGACGCCUGAAAUGCCCAUGACUCCGAAUAAUCCCUUGGAGUCUUCUCUUGGUGACUCGUCUGCCAUAUCAUAUAACAUCGAAAGGAACAUUGUCGAUGAGAACCUCACGCGGACGCGGACCAACAUCACCGCCCCCCCUCGACGCUUGAAAAAGGGUCGAAUGCCGUUUGCGCAUAUUGAGGAAGAAGACGAGUCCUCGCCAUCGCCCGUUGCACCUUCUUCCGAAUCAGGUUCGAUAUUCAGUGGGCCUAUUCGAAACUUGAUUCCUCACCGCUCGUUGAUAAAUUCGUCGCCACCUAGAUCGAGCUCAGAGAAGAGUACUGAAACACGUGGCAAAUGGCAGACAUUGCUGUCAUGGCUGCCACGAGACGGCAUCUUUCCCUGGAUUCUGCGAGCGCUCCUUUUCGUGUUGGUGCUCUCAGCGCUAUACAUGAUUUCAGACUCCGAUCGAAACACUCCAACAACGGGCCUUGUAGACAGCUCAGGCCUGAAAUUGCUGUCCAAGCAGGUGAACAAUUUAGGAUCACAGGUGUCCUCGCUGUCCAAAGACUUGAGAUCGAUGAAGACGGAGGUCCGCAAGAUCCCUGCGCCAACGACGAUAUACCAGUACCCCAAAGGCUAUGGCGCUGGAAGUACAGACGUGGUCAAGUACUCCAAGACGAAUUUCCUCUCAAUCGGUGCCGGUGUGCUCAUCGACCCGUACAUGACCAGCCCCACGGCCGAACCCAAAUACAAUAUCAUACAAAAAGCCUAUCUAUACCUGACGAAGCACGAGCACUACCACCAGCAACCGCCGCGUGCGGCCUUGACUCCUUGGGAGGACUAUGGCGACUGCUGGUGCAGCGCCCCGCGCCAGGGUAUGUCGCAGCUUGCGGUCAUCUUGAGUCGGCGCAUCCUCCCCGAAGAAGUCGUCGUCGAGCACAUGCCCAAGGCAGCGACUUUGCGACCCGAAGUGGCCCCACAGAACAUGGAGCUCUGGGUGCGGUAUCGCUACGUCGGCAAGGGCUCGCGUCCGUACAAAUGGUCUGUCAGUUCGUUCCUGCGCGGUAAUCCGAAGACCAUUGCCGGACAGGACGCUCUCAAGUCGGACAGGAAGAUCCUGCGCGGGCCCGUCCUGGACGCCCUGCGACUGGCAUGGCGCGACGAGCCGGAUAGUUCGUUUUCCGACGAUCCGUACCUCGGUCCGGACUUUUACAAGGUCGGGACGUGGAUGUACGAUAUCAACGACAUGCAGCAUAUCCAGAGGUUCCCGCUGACCGCAAUCAUCGACUCGGACGACGUCCGCGUGGACAAGGUUGUGUUCCGCGUAAACUCGAACUGGGGAGGAAACGAGACUUGCAUUUACCGGGUGAAGCUGCACGGAAGGCUGUAACCCAUGUCGUCCUUUUGAAUCGACCUUCUGACCAAGUGAGCCGCCGAGCAGCCAGGAGCAUGCCACGGCCACGCGGUCCCGACAAGAAAAGUGCAGCGUCGCCCGGGCUAGACAUGCACUUUAGCUAGCUCAUACGGGCAGAUGAUGCGCAAUCAUUUUAGGAGUUUGCAGUUCACGCUUUGCAGUUUACAACUAUGGUUCUGGCGGGAGUUGAGGGCGUUGCGGCGAACACGAUAUCCCGGAUCUGAUGGGUUGGUUUGGCCUUUGAUCUGUGUCUUUUUGCAUAUGCUACGUACAUAGUGUACAUAGACUUGGUAUUGCUUAUUAGUGCAUUGAACAUUAUAUUCUACGCCAUCUGUAAGAACUAAGAAAGCGUAUAUCCGAAUUGAAACCCAU